CAAAUCGUCACGUGACACGGAAGUGACUACGAACAGGAAGAGGACGAAAAAAAUAACCGUCCGCGACGCCAAGCCGAACCGGACCCGCAGCCACCAUGAACAGCAAAGGUCAAUAUCCAACGCAGCCAACCUACCCGGUGCAGCCUCCUGGGAAUCCUGUGUACCCUCAGACCUUGCAUCUUCCUCAGGCUCCACCCUAUACUGAUGCUCCACCUGCGUACUCAGAGCUCUAUCGUCCGAGCUUUGUGCACCCGGGGGCUGCCACAGUUCCCACCAUGUCAGCUGCAUUUCCUGGCGCCUCAUUGUAUCUUCCCAUGGCCCAGUCUGUGGCUGUUGGACCUUUAGGUUCCACAAUCCCCAUGGCUUAUUAUCCAGUUGGUCCCAUCUAUCCACCUGGUUCAGCAGUGCUGGUGGAAGGAGGGUAUGAUGCAGGUGCCAGAUUUGGAGCUGGUGCUACUGCUGGAAACAUUCCUCCUCCUCCCCCUGGAUGCCCUCCCAAUGCUGCUCAGCUCGCAGUCAUGCAGGGAGCCAAUGUCCUUGUAACUCAGCGGAAGGGAAACUUCUUCAUGGGUGGCUCAGAUGGUGGUUACACCAUCUGGUGAAGAACCAAGGCCACCUCUGUGCCGGGAAAGACAUCACAUACCUUCAGCACUUCUCACAAUGUAACUGCUUUAGUCAUAAUUAACCUGAAGUU